AUGGAACAACUCAAGAGGGCAAUUGUUGCGCAAUUUGUUGCUCGUGAUGAAGCCGGUGACGGCGACGGCGAUGUCGAGUAUCGACUCAUCAACACCGAACCAAGUGGAACAUUUACGGUUGAUCCAGUCACGGGUAUUGUUCAGACAGCUGUGAGACAUUACAAACCCGGCGAAACCUAUCGAGUUUUUGUGCAAGCUCGAGAUCGGACACCAACAGACUAUCAAGUUUCACAGGACAGCAAAGUGGCAGUACUGGAAGUAUAUGCCGGUGAUCGAGCGCCGCAAUUUGUCGAACAACAGUAUAGAGUAUAUGUCCCAGAAGACACCCAAAUUGGUUCCAGGUACCACUAA